AUAUUUAAAUAACUCAUUUUCCUCUCCAACAUGGCCAAAAGACCCGGUUCCAGUCUUGUAUUGGCCCAAGAGCCAAAGAAAACGAAAAGUGAUUUGGUGGCCUAUACAAAUCGUGACAAGGCCUUAAUGGAGGCGGGUGUACGCCGUACCUCAAAUCUCCAGGCACCCAUUAUGCUACUCGAGGGUCAUCAAGGAGAGAUUUUUACCACAGAAUUUCAUCCAGAAGGAGAAAUGUUACUAUCCUCAGGAUUCGAUAGGCAAAUAUAUAUUUGGAAUGUCUACGGUGAUUGUGAAAAUAUUUUGGCAAUGUCGGGGCACACAGGUGCCGUUUUGGAAGCCCACUUCAACACCGAGGGAUCUCAAGUGUUCACUUGUUCUACCGACAAAACCGUGGCCAUUUGGGACAUUGGCACAGGGCAGCGAGUGCGGCGCCUUAAAGGCCACACAAAUUUCGUCAACUCCGUGCAAGGUACACGCCGUGGCCAGCAAAUGUUGUGUUCCGGUUCCGAUGAUCGUUCAAUACGUAUUUGGGAUGCUCGGAAAAAACUUGCCGCCCAUACAUUGGAUGCACCAUUUCAAGUGACCGCAGUAACAUUCAAUGACACCUCCGAUCAAGUGAUUUCCGGUGGUAUAGAUAAUGAAGUGAAGGUAUGGGAUAUACGUAAACAACAGGUGUUACAUUCGCUGAAAGGGCAUACCGACACAAUAACCGGAUUAUCUUUAUCUCCUGAUGGUUCAUAUAUUCUAUCAAAUUCCAUGGAUAAUACACUGAGAAUUUGGGAUAUACGCCCCUAUGUGCCGGGUGAGCGAUGUGUGAAAAUUUUCCAAGGACAUCAACAUAAUUUCGAAAAGAAUUUAUUACGUUGUGCCUGGUCACCGGAUGGUAGUAAGAUAUCAGCUGGUUCAGCGGAUCGUUAUGUCUACGUAUGGGAUACAACCAGUCGGCGGAUACUCUAUAAACUUCCCGGUCAUAAUGGUAGUGUUAAUGAUGUCGAUUUUAGUUCUAAAGAGCCGCUGAUUGUAUCCGCCUCCAGCGAUAAAACUUUGUAUCUGGGUGAAAUAGAGGACUAA